CUUUUCAUUCAUUUCACUUAUCAUUUUCAAAAGCGUGUAAGUUGCAAAUUUAGCUUUGAAUGUAAGUUGCAAAUUUCGCUUCAUGUUUACAAGAAAGGAUAUUUGAAGAUCCAUAGAAGUUCAAGUUCUUGCCAACAGUGGCGCAAAGACGCUAGUGAAGGUGUCAUCGUGAUCUCCAUUGUUGUUGUAAGCAGAGCAGAACAGGUCUUUGCAAGAUGGCUCACAAUCCUUCACACCUUCUUCCAUCAGAGCUAAUAGACAGGUGCAUAGGAUCAAAGAUAUGGGUGAUCAUGAAAGGCGACAAGGAGCUCGUUGGCACUCUUAGGGGCUUCGACGUUUAUGUCAACAUGGUUCUGGAAGAUGUCACAGAAUAUGAAAUAACAUCCGAAGGCCGAAGGAUUACAAAGCUUGAUCAAAUUUUGCUUAAUGGAAACAAUAUUGCUAUUCUUGUUCCUGGUGGUGGACCUGAAUGAAGAUGAGCAUAAGUUUUAGCUCUGUAGAGUAAUUUUCAAAGCAUAGCAGAGCUUUUUUGAGAUAUGGAUGGAAGUAGUUGGUCAAGGAAAAUUUGCCUUUGAUGCCUUUGUCAUAAAUGAUGAUAGCAAAUACAUCUUUGAGUUGAAGUUUCUUUGAUUUUUAAAAGGAAACAAGGUCAAUUAAUUUAUCUGUAUGUUAAGAAAGUUAACUUUAAUGUAAAUUGCAAAUGAUUGCCCCCAGUGUUCA